AUGGACAACUUGGAGAAGCGUGCUGCGAGUAGCGACAAUGCCGAUCAAUCAAAUGGCGAAAUUCUCGAGCUUCAGGGGAGUUACACUGCGGAGGAAGAGAACACCGUCCUGCGCAAGAUUGACUUGGUCAUUUUGCCUUUUAUGUGCUUCGUCUUUUUCCUGCAAUAUAUUGAUAAGCAGAGUCUCAGCUAUGCUGGUGUCUUCGGUCUAAUUCAAGACCUCAAUAUGACAAGCUCGCAAUAUUCAUGGUCAAGCUCAAUUUUCUAUGUCGGCCAGCUAGUCGCCGAAUAUCCAUUUAUAUAUCUAAUGAGCCGGCUCCCAUUGACCAAAUUCGUCGGUGCGACUGUAAUUGUCUGGGGCAUCAUAUGCAUGUGCCUCGCAGCACCAAACAAUUUCGCCGGAUUUGCCACCGUGCGCUUUCUACUCGGCUUCAGCGAAGGCGCUGUCUCGCCUGCUUUCGUGACGAUCACUAGUAUCUGGUAUCGAAAGAAAGAACACAAUGUCCGCACGGCAUUAUGGAUAUCUAUGAAUGGUCUGGCACAGGUUAUAGGCUGCUCCCUUAUGUAUGGCAUUGGUAAAAACAACUCGCUUCCAAUCGCUCCCUGGCGCGUGCUAUUUAUCAUCUGCGGCGCGAUAACCUCUGCCGCAGGCGUGGCAUUCUUUUUCUUCAUGCCAAACGGGCCGAAAGAUGCUUGGUUUUUGAAUGCCCGCGAGAGGGAAGUCCUUUCGCUACGCAUGGCACAGGAUCGAGAUGGUGGUGACAAGGCCUCUUUUUCCGUUGCCCAGCUCAAAGAGACAAUAAUGGACCCCAAGGCAUGGGUUGUCUUUUGGUUUGGUGUUUUGGUAUGCAUGCAGUCGCCGGUUUUGACUUUUGCAUCUCUUGUGAUCAAGUCGAUCGGCUAUACUAACCUUGAGACUAUGCUAUAUACGGCUCCAUCGGGCGCUGUUCAAGUUGCCUUCCUGUGGAUCGGUGUCGGCUUAGUAUUUAUCUUCCCUAAUCAGCGAACGCUAGUCAUUCUUGUUCUUAUUAUCCCGCCUCUGAUUGGGACUGUCUUCUUGCUGAAGUUGGACGUGACUGCUCAAUGGGGUCUUAUUGUUGCCUCGUGGCUGUCUUCAUGCAUUACGGCAUCCAUGACACCACUUCUCUCACUUGCGGCUUCAAAUUUCAAGGGAAAUACCAAGCGCGCUGUUGUGAACGGCAUGUUUUUCAUUGGUUACUGUGCUGCCUGCAUUGCCUCGCCUCAACUAUGGACCCACAGCCCUCGUUAUACGGAGGGUGUGAUAACAUCCAUUGUAACAUGGUGUCUGCUUUUUGUGGUUGUGAUUUUAUUCCGCUUCUUGUGCAUCCGAGACAAUAAGCAGCGUGAUAAACGGGCUGCCAGUUCAGGUGUUGUCAGUGUGGAUGAAGAGGUCAAAUUGGACGAAAAUGGGUUGCCACAGACAGAUAUCACGGAUAAACAAGACCGACAAUUUCGAUAUGUAUGGUAA